AUGGGAUUCAGCAAUUUGACAAGUGAUGCCGGCCUCAAAGGUCUCGAUGCCUUCUUAGAAGACCACUCAUAUAUUGAUGGCUAUGCCCCAUCACAAGCAGACACUGCCGUCUUUGAAGAAGUCAAAACAAAACCAAGUGAAGACAAAUACCCACACGCUGCCCGGUGGUACCGACACAUCGACUCUUUCGGAAAGGCUUCUUCAACCUUCCCUGGUACUAAAAAAGCUGCUUCAUCAUAUGGCCCUGCCGGUGCUGCCGUGACAAACGGUACCGCCUCAGCUGCUCCUGCUGCAAAGGCUGCUCCAACUCCCGCAAAACCUGCUCCUGCCGCCGCUGCAAAACCUGCAGAUGACGACGAUGUCGACUUGUUUGGCUCGGAUGACGAAGAAGAAGAUGCUGAAGCUGAACGUAUCAAACAAGAGCGAUUAGCUGAAUACAAUGCAAAGAAGGCUGCCAAACCAAAGGUUGCUGCCAAAUCCAUGGUCAUCUUGGAUGUGAAACCAUGGGACGAUGAAACUGACAUGAAGGCUAUGGAAGUCGGUGUUCGUGCCAUCGUGAUGGACGGAUUGAUUUGGGGUACUUCCAAACUUGUCCCUGUUGCUCACGGCAUUAAAAAAUUGCAAAUUACUUGCGUCGUUGAGGACGACAAGGUCUCUGUGGAUGAUUUGAGUGAAAAGAUUCAAGAGAUGGAAGACAUUGUGCAAAGUGUCGACGUGGCUGCCUUCAACAAACUAUAA